AUGUCCUCCUUUACACGACCAUCCAUUAGUACACUUAUCGUGGAUCUCCUAUCCGAUUCUCCCGUCCAAAAGGGUGUGGAACAGGCAGCUGAGGAAGUUGUGAGGAUAGAUACCAUCGUUGGGAAUGCUUGUAUCCUCUGUCAUGGUACGAUAAUUGUUGCCCGAUGCAGACAAGAUGCUAAAGAAUGCCAUUUAUGGGAUACCAGCGUUCUUGGCGUACUCCGAUUGGCCCGAACUUUCUUCCUGCGUAUGCAUAUGGCUUCAAAGAAGAGAGGAACAUUUAUUGCUAUUGGUUCAGUCGCUGCCCAACUAUAA